UUACACUUGGCACAAUGCAGUCAGACAAGUACCGUUCUCCUGGCAACCGCCAAACCUAGACUCGUCCAUCAGAUUGCCAGAUGGAGAAGCGCGAUUCGUCACUCCAGAGAACGCGUCUCCACUGCUCUAGAGUCCAGUGGCGGCGUGCUUUACACCACUGCAUCCGACGCUUUGCAUUGCACUUGGUGAUGUAUGGCUUGGAUGCAGCUGCUCGGCCAUGGAAACCCAUUCCAUGAAGCUCUCUGCGCACUGUUCUUGAGCUAAUCUGAAGGCCACAUGAAGUUUGGAGGUCUGUAGCGAUUGACUCUGCAGAAAGUUGGUGACCUCUUCGCACUAUGCGCCUCAGCAUCCGCUGACCCCGCUCCGUCAGUUUACGUGGCCUACCACUUCGUGGCUGAGUUGCUGUCGUUCCCAAACACUUCCACGUUCUUAUAAUACAGCUGACUGUGGAAUAUUUAGGAGCGAGGAAAUUUCACGAUUUUAUACACCUGUGGCCAUGGAAGUGAUUGGAACACCUGAUUCUGAUUAUUUGGAUGGAGAGUCACAAUAGUAGGAUUUUGUUUAUUGUUGGAUUGAAACUAUGAGCCAGAGGCAUGUUUUGCAAGUUUUUGAGCAGUACCAGAAGGAAAGGAUGAAGUUCGUGCAAACAGUUGCAGAGCUCGCAACAAGACCUCAAAACAUCGAAACACUUCAAAAUGCAGGUGUGAUGUCCCUCCUGAGGCCUCUCCUCCUGGAUGCGGUCCCGACUAUCCAGCAGACGGCCGCUCUGGCUCUCGGAAGACUUGCCAGCUACAACAAUGACCUUGCCGAGGCUGUGGUGAAGGGAGAAAUCCUGCCUCAGCUCGUCUACUCACUGGCCGAGCAGAAUCGCUUCUAUAAGAAGGCAGCGGCGUUUGUUCUCCGUGCCGUGGCGAAGCACUCGCCCGAGCUGGCACAAGCCGUGGUAGACUGCGGUGCCCUCGACGCUCUGGUCAUCUCCCUGGAGGAGUUCGAUCCCGGAGUGAAAGAAGCUGCUGCGUGGGCGCUGGGCUACAUUGCUCGCCACAACGGCUCUUUGGCUCAGGCGGUGGUGGACGCAGGCGCAGUUCCUCUGCUCGUCCUCUGCAUGCAGGAGCCUGAGAUCGCUCUGAAGAGGGUCUCCGCUUCAACGCUGAGCGACAUCGCCAAACACUCGCCAGAGCUCGCGCAAACUGUAGUGGACACUGGAGCUAUUGCACACCUGGCUCAGAUGAGCCUGUACCCAGACGCCAAACUGAAGAGGCAAGUUUUCUCGGCUCUAGGCCAAAUCUCCAAGCACUCUGUGGACCUGGCAGAGAUGGUGGUGGAGGCUGAGAUCUUCCCUGCUGUACUGGCUUGCCUUAAAGACCCAGAUGAGUAUGUGAGGAAGAACGUCAGCACGCUGAUACGAGAGAUCGCAAAACACACCCCUGAGUUAUCCCAGAUGAUCGUGAAUGCCGGAGGUGUAGCAGCUAUGAUUGAUUUUCUAGGAGACUCCAGAGGAAACGUCCGACUGCCCGGCAUCAUGAUGCUCGGCUACGUGGCUGCACACUCGGAGAACCUCGCCAUGGCGGUUAUUGUAUCUAAGGGUGUACCACAGCUGGCUAUCUGUCUGGCAGAGGAGACAGAGGAUCACAUGAAGGCUGCAACAGCCUGGGCUUUAGGACAGAUCGGUCAUCACACACCAGAGCAUGCAAGAGCUGUGGCCAUGUCUAAUGUGCUCCCCAAACUGCUGAGUCUCUACCUGGACACUCAGAGCUCAGAGGACCUGCAAAUCAAGGCGAAGAAGGCCUUAAAGAGCAUUCUUCAGAAGUGCACCUACCUUCCAGCACUGGAGCCUCUCCUCUACGAAGCUCCCAGCAAUGUUCUCAAGCACGUCAUCUGCCAGUUCAGCAAGGUUCUUCCUCAUGAUAGUAAAGCUCGGAGGUUGUUUGUAACCAGCGGAGGACUGAAGAAGGUGCAGGAAAUUAAAGCUGAGCCCGGUUCUGCUCUGCAGGAGUACAUCAACGCCAUUAACGCCUGCUACCCUGAGGAGAUAGUCAGGUACUAUUCACCUGGAUAUUCAGAGGCGCUACUAGAAAGGAUCGAGAAUUAUCAGCCAGCUUAGGACAGGAAGCAUGAUUAGCAAUAUGCCUUUAUCUAGCACAUCCACUGUAGACAAAACUGACUACAUGCAUAAUAUUUGGUUUGUUUCUUUCAAAAUAUUUCACAUUUUUCAUAAUCAUCAAUAAGAAAUCACUAAAAAUAGAAAAAUAGAGAAAUACUCUGUUCUAAAGCAUUAAUAAACUCACUGAGUGCCUUUUAUUUACUUAC